AUGAACACUUUUCUAAUUUUUCUAGUGUUUUUUGCACCGGCUGCAAUUUCAGCUUGCAACUAUUGGAGCUUGGCGAAAUGCGGAUAUGUGAGUUAUGCUUUUCAAAAAAAAAAAUUCAGUAGGUGAAAUUUUUGAUUUUCAGAAAGUUUGGCGGGCUGAUAGUAUGCCUAGUGGUACAAUGCUCGAAAAAAUUGACAGUCGUGUCAAGCAAUGCGAUGUUCUCAAAGAUUGUGGACAAGUUACUGUAGACUGCUCCAAAGAAGGAACUUUUAAAAAACUCGAAAUGCAAAAAGCCGUGGAUCAGAACAAAUUUGAAUGUGCUUUGAUUCAUCGAAUGUAUAAAGAUGAUUUCGUGUCAUGUGCUAUUGCUUUGGAAAAACAUUAUUGGAGUAAAGUUUGCUAUAAUAGAACAUACAAUUUAUCUGGAACUAAUAUCUAUGAUGCAUUUGCUGGAUGUGUUGAAGAACACAUCAAGAAGGAAUGUACAGAUGAUCAAUAUCGCAUUUUUAAAGAGGUGAGUUAUUAAACGUUUUUUUUAAAUUUAUGAUGGAAAUAUUUCAGAAUCGCAAUAUGCUCAUGGAUUAUCUUCCAUAUGUUGUAAAGCUUGCUAAUUGA